AUGGCAACCACACCCUCCAGGGCGCCUGCGGCCCGUCCAAGGCAGUACAGGCGGAUAUUAACCUCGACCCUACAUCGAAAAUUUGUGCAUGCGUCGGCGGUUUCUUUGGUUGCUUGUUAUGUUGUGGCUUUCUUUAUUGGCGUUAAAUCUUCCUUCUUCUGGUCAUGGUUUCCAUUGGGCGCCUGCGGGUUCCGGACAUUACUCCUUUUUAUCUCAUGCCUUGCUAUUUUCAUCCUCCGUGUUGGUCAGAUGCACGUAGGAGCCCGGACUACAAGUUCUGCUUUCAGCUCAACGAGACAGGCCCUUUUUUCGUUCUCCACUUUCCAAACCUUUGGCUGGUAUCUAGUAUCUGCAUGGUGGUUUAGUGAGGUAUAUAUGUGGUCAUCAUCAGAAAGCGCAGAGCUCAACUGGGUAAAGCCGGGAAGGCCAUAUGAACGAGCAAAGCUCAAUGAGAGACCGAUAUAUCUCCAUUGCUUCUACGCCCUUCUUGCCAUCACACAAUCAAUAUUUCACCUUUAUUUUGACUGGGAUAAGAUUCACAUUCCCGUAUCGAAGCGAAGCGCAAAUUCCGCAAACCAUAGCGUGCUACUUGUGACACUUUGGCAGGUGUCCAAUCUCUUAUUUUCAACGUUUUUGGGCCAGGCACCCUUGAAAAAGGGCCAGCCACUGACGAAUGAAUCCAAAGACCCGAAUGGCAGUCUAAUAAACGGGCUGAAGGCGAAAAGGGAUGUCGUUCGAACAUUCGCUUUCUGGGAACUGUGCUUAAUCGGCCAGCAAUUUCCGGAGCGCCGGAAAGCAAUCUUUGCCGACAUCGACCGCAACGGAGGAUCAGCAUGGACCCAGAUUCUCGGCGCGUCGACCAAUGUUAUUAAGGGAAUAACUGCUCGGAUAAAUGAACACCAAAACCCAACAACACUGCCGGCCGCAGACUCCUCUACAGUAUCUGGGAAGACCUCGGAUAGUAGCAACAUGGAUGGACAACCAACCACUAUUCACACCCUACCUCGCUUAACCUCCGCUCCAAAGGGAGACAACAUCUUCCUCGCCUCGUCCAAACCCACCACCCGCCCCGAACAAUUCGAAUCAGCUUUCGGCUCCGUAGCUAAAUCAUACGGCCAAUCCCCAAACUGGACGCCAGCCGCCCGCAACCAAGCCCGUAACAUCUUUAACCGCGCAACCACCGCCGUCCUCAGCCCGGAGCAAAGGAAACGCAUAUCCGCCUCAGCCCAGGAGCUCAAACUCCUCACAUGCUCUUCCUCCUCUUCAUCUAGUUCAGGUAGACCCCGCACACACCCCCUAAUCCACCAAUUCCUCAGCUCCCUCGCGGGCUUACCAUUCCGCCGAUCCUACACACGACGACUCCGCAUUAUCAUCCUCGGCAAGCCAUACGCCAGCCUGUCCCCGAUCAUCGAUGCGGUAGAGUCUCUCACCCGCCUCCUCAUCGCGAGUAUGGCAGAGGAUCAGUUCGGGAAAGUGCAGGCGGACAUUGCCGCUGUUGUGCGCCUGUUUACGGAGACUGCGAUGGCUCUAGAGUCCUUUACUGGCGCUGGUGAGGGGGGGUUGGAUGUCCAUUGGACGGAUGUUGACUUUCCUCCUGCGGAUGCGGAAAUGGAGAUACAGAAGAAGGCGAGGAGGGUGGAGGAGGUGGAGAUGAUUAAGGAGGCGUUGAAGGGGGGAUUGGCGGAGCUUUUGGAGGCAUUUAAGUUGUAUUUGGAUGAUGUGGGGAUUCGGGGGAAGGAAUUGAGGAUGGCCCGGGAGGCGGCCGGGUUGGUUUGA